AUGCCUUCGUCGGUGCUGGGCGCACGCGGGCCGCGCGAUGCCGAGACACGCCAGGAGCUGGCACGGCAGCUGCGGCAUACGCGGCAGCAGCUGCCCAUCUGGGCGGGACGAGAGGCCAUCGUCAAGGCAGUGCGCGAGCAUGACACUGUGAUUUUGAUGGCCGAGACUGGCAGCGGCAAGACCACGCAGGUGCCGCAAUUUUUGCACGAGGCGGGUGUCUGCUCCGAGUCGGCGCCCCUCAUCGGCAUCACGCAGCCACGGCGAGUGGCAGCUACAUCGUUAGCGAGCCGCGUGGCCGCAGAGAUGGGCGAGCCGGACCCAGCCAGCGUGCCGCGUGUGCCCGUCAAGAAGCGCAAGGCGGCGGGCGGCGCAGCGCCUGCCGGACGGACCCUCGGCAAGGUGGGCUAUGCAAUCCGCUUCGAUGAUCGCACAGGUCCUGAUGCGCGGCUGCGCUUCAUGACCGACGGUCUGCUGCUGCGGGAGAUCAUGGGCCGCCGCGAGCAGGCCGUCGAGGCGGGUGCGCCGAGCCAUGCCAUGCUGGAGCGCUACGGCGUCAUCAUCAUCGACGAGGCACACGAGCGCACGGUCGACACCGACUUGCUGCUCGGCCUUGUGCGCCGCAUCCAGCGUGCGCGCAGAGAGGCGUACGAUGCGUGGCGUACGCGCCAGGGCGCAGACAGCAGCAUGGACGUGGCGCCCACGCUGCUCAAAGUCGUCGUCAUGUCCGCCACGCUUGAUGCGCAGAAGUUCGCCAGCUUCUUCGCCGAGCCGCGCAUCUCGCCCAACGACGGUCCCGUGCCUGCGCCGAUCCUCUACGUCGCAGGCAGGCAGUUCCAGGUCGACGUGUGCCACACGAUGGAGCCGCAGGCCGACCUCACCGCUGCUGCGCGACAGACUGUCUUCCAGAUCCACACGGGCCUGGCACCAGGAGACAUCCUAGUCUUCAGCACGGGCGCCGAGGAGAUCGAGAGUCUGCGAGCCGAGCUCGAGCGGCUCAAUCCUGUCGUUGAAGCUCAUUUCGAGCAGGAAGGCAAGCCGGGCAGCCGCCUGCACGUCGUGCCGCUCUAUGCCGCGCUCGGAGCUGGGGCGAUUGCCAAGGCGUUCGAGCCGACGCCACCUGGCUGCCGAAAGGUUGUCAUCGCCACGAACAUUGCCGAGACGUCAAUCACGCUGCCGGGCGUGCAGUAUGUCAUCGACUAUGGCCUCGCCAAAGAGCGCGGCCUGACGCGCCAGGGCCAGGCUGGCGGCGGCAGUGUCUCGUCGCUGCAGGCCCUGCCCAUCAGCCAGAGUGCGGCGGACCAGCGCACCGGUCGCGCAGGCCGUGUCUCCAAGGGCCGCUGCUUCCGGCUCUACACCGAGGCCGCGUACGAGGAUCUGGACGUUGAGACAGUGCCCGAGAUCCUGCGCUCGGACCUCACCAACACCUGCCUGACGCUCUACUCGCUAGGCAUCAACCCGCUCACGUUCGACUGGAUCUCCAUGCCGGACAAGAGCGAGGUGGCGGCGUCGACUAUGUCGCUCUACCACCUCGGCGCCGUCGUCGAGCCGCGCGCGGAGCGACGCGAGUGCGGCAUGGAGAUCACGCCGCUGGGCCGCCGCAUGGUCGGCUUGCCCCUGCCGGCGGCACUGGCGCGCAUGCUCAUCGCCGGCGGCGAGAUGGGCCCACAUGUGGCCCGGCAGGUGCGCGACCUCGUCGCCAUUCUCUCCUCGGACCGCGCAAGCAUCCUGCACGUGCCGUCGCAGAGCUCGAAUAGCGCCAGCCGCGCCGCCGGCGCCCAGGCCGGACCGAGCGACUUCGACCGUGCGCACGAGGCGCAUGCAAAACUCGCGCACGUGUCGGGCGACCACGCCACGCAGCUCAACGCGCUCUACGCCUACCUCGAUGCGUUGCAGGAGGCUAAGGCAAGUGCCGCGCGCAUGGCCGAGCUUGGCACGCCCGACGCCAAGGGCCACAAGAGCAAGGGCCAGAAGUCGGCGCUGCACAUGCACAUGAAGGCGUGGUGCCGCGACAACUGGAUCUCGGACAAAAGCCUGGUGCAGGUGCUGGACAUUCGGCGGCAGCUGCAGCAGCUCUGCCGCGCCGCCAAGAUCAUCUGCGACGACGAUGCGACGCCGUCGAUGCCGGGCACGCCGCGCAACAAGGUGCCGCGCAUGACGCCGCUGGGCACGCCUCGCAGCUCCGGCACCGGCGAUGCCUCGGACGACGACUCGGACGACAGCCACCCCGCAGCGGGCCUGUACGUCACGCGUGGCGGCGCUCGCGGGCGCGGCGCUGCGGGCGCGGAGCAGGAGCGAGAGGACUACGCCGAGCUGCGCAAGUGCAUCUUCCUCGGCCGCUCGAGCGAGUAUGCCUUCAAGCAGAACGACGGCUCGUACCUGCGGCCCGGCAGUGACCUGACGUUCCGCAUCCAUCCAAGCUCGACGCUGAUGAACGUCAAGCCGCUGGCCAUCGUGUUCGAGGAGCUCGUGCUCACCACACAGCUCUACGCUCGCACUGUGAGCGCCAUCGAGUCGGCGUGGGUCGACGAGGACGCCAAUCCGCGAACCCGAGCUGCCGCCUAG